CUUGCACAGCACUACUUACGUUAAACCGUUUUUAUUACAAAACUAUUUUUGUACUUCGUUGUAGCGUAACGAAUUUAUUUAGGCUAAUGAAAUAUAAACAAUUGACUUCUAACGUACAAGCGUGACAAUUUCCAGAUUAAAAUAAUUAAUAUUAUUGUAAAUAUUAUAGUCUGAAGUUCGGCAAAAAAAUGAGUCUUGACGGUGAUCGAAGCACGGACGAAUAUAUCGUCACGGCCCUACAGAUCUUUCAUUAUUGCGGUGCCAAUAGUACUAAUACUUUACGGGUUGAUGAUUUAAUUGACAAAUUCGCGCCUUUUGUCAAAACAAAUAAAGCUGAGUAUAGUUAUCUCCGAUCUCUAUUGGACCCGGAUCAGAGCAAUCCUGAGAUAACAGUUUCAAUGCUGGCAUCAACACUGAACAAGUAUAGCGAAAACCAAAAAGUCAAAGUUGACUUGGACGAGAGUUUCAAUCUGAAGAGUGAACAGGGCCCACAUGAUUCUGAUUCCGGCAUAUCUACAGAUGGAUUCCAAUUGCUAGAAGAGUUGCAAUGCGAGUUGCGCGAGAAGUCCCACCUGGCUCACCAGCUGCGCACGCAACUCGAGUACUCGGACCGCCACCACGAGGAGGCGCUGGCGGCGCUCAGCGCGGAGCGGGAUACGCUGAGGGCACACCUCAAUAUGCUACGCGACGAGUCGUCGGCGCUGGGCGCGGUGCGGCGCGACUACGAGGAGGCGUGCGAGCGGCUGUGCGGCGCCGAGCGCGCGCUGGGCGACGCGCGCCGCGACCUGGACGCCGCGCGCCGCGCCGCGCGCGGGCUGGCCGAGCGGCUCGCGCUGCUGGAGACCGAGAAACAGACCCUCCAAGAAUUGUUAUCUAAAUCUAAAGAAGAAUGUCAUCGUAUCAACGACAUGUACGCGUCUCGGCAGUCCACGCUAUUAGUAGAAAAUGAAACACUAAGAACGGAGCAUGCUCACCUAACGGCUCGUCUGCAGGACCAAGACGAGUUUAUACAACACAUAAUAAAAGAAAAAGAUCUUCUCGAAAUGGAACUAAAAGAUAUGCUGAAUAAAUCCAAUCAAACACACUUGCGCUUGGAUCGCUCUAUCGACGUCAGCUACACGGAGGACCAGAUGCUAACGGCGCUGGACACUCUUAACGCUGAUAGCAGAUUUACACAAGAAGGCCGUCUGCUGGAUGAAGAAUCCUUUGUAAAGGCUCUCCGAGAAGACCAGGGUCGGGUUACGAAUAUGUCCCUCUUCGAUGAAAUACGAUUAAGUUUCUGUAACAUGUCCAGACAUAAUCUCAACGAUCUCAACUCUACCCAGCCUUCUGAUAAGCAAUCUGAACACGACAACUCCCUUAUAACAGCUGCCACCCAAACAGAAAAUGAACUUUAUUCACUAGAUAAAAAGGAUGAUAUUUGUAUUUGUAAACGUGAAACUUAUGACGAUUAUAAUCCGUUAAGGAAUAGUACAACGCAAACUGAUGAAAGAGAAUGUUAUUCGUAUAAUAAAGACGAUAUUUGUUCAAACGAUGAUAACAUUAAAUGUCGAAUAAAUUAUGACGUUUCAUUCAAUACAUCGUCUUGUCAAACAAUAGAUUUUCCGUUAAGUGAGUCUUAUGUCUAUAUACAUAAGAAACAAUAUAAAAAUAUCGAGACACAAGACAAAAUGACAAACACAAGUUGUCAAUUAUUAGAAGUGUUCAAAGACAUAGAGGUGAUGAAUUUCGGUACACAGACGGAUGCAAUUGAAAUUCAACCUUAUGUUAAUAACAAUAACGAUCCACUUUGCAUUGAAUGUCACAAGUGCGUUGAGUGCGACAGAUUAAAUAAAUAUAUUACUAAAUUGGAAAAGGAAUUGAAACACGCGCACUAUACGACAAAGGAAAUGCAAAUCGAAUUCGACAAAUAUGAAAUUAAUUUAAACAGGCUGAAGCGAUAUGUAGACGAAGGGAAUGAGGAUAAUCGGUAUUUGAAGACGGUUGUGGAUAGUCUAACAGCCAAGCUCGAUACACUAGAAGGCACGUGCGCAGGUCAGGGAGAUAGGAUGGAGAACUCGGUGGGAAUUCAGACUGAAAGUGAGCAAUCCUCCGUGUCCACCCAGGCUGAUAUACCUUGCACCGACUGUACAUCACGGCUCAUUCCACAUCGCGGUCUCGGGAGAUAUUUUUGGGAGCCGCUGAAGUGCGCGUUCCAGCUGCUGGCGGCGCUGUGCUUCGUGUGCGCGCUGUGCGCGCUGUGCGGCGUGUCGCGCGCGCGCCGCGCCUGCCGCGAGCCGCUGCCGUGGCGCUGGCUGCAGCCGCACGACCUGCUCGACCUGCUGCUGUCCGUGGAGUACGUGGCCGACGUGCCCAUGUAGCGGACGUGUUUAGCUUCAAGCGCUCGAGUCGGCUGCCCUCGUGUUUUCGUCGUGUCUGUUGAUCGUUGUAGUAUACGAUUGUGAAUUCCACUGUCGUUUAAAAUACAUGCUGAAAUAAUAUUGAGCAUCAUAAACUUUAUUAUAAUUAGUUUAAUACGUAUUGAAUUAUUUCCCCUAUAAAAGUCGUAUGUGGGUAGUAAAGUUACGCAGUACGUUGUCUUCUUCCUUUAAAUGACAAAUAACCAAUGGUAGACAGAGAUAAAUCGGUGCGCGACUAUCAACUCAAGUAUUGUAGAGCCGGUUAACCACUCCUUUGCUUUGCUUCGAGGUCAGCGAUUCAAUUGAUAUUAAUAAACGGAUAGUAAAAAGGUUUUUUUAAACAAACUUGUAUAUAAAAAAUUCGGUGUCUAUGCUAUUGUAAGUAUUGUCAUCGAAACUGAACAAAAAUGUAAAAUUUUAAUGCCAUAGAAUAAGAAGAAGUAGGUUCUGAAUUUGACCUAAACAAACUAAUAAAUAUUGCAAUUAAAAUAAAAGCUAGUAGAAAUACCCAUAUAAAAAUCAAAAUAUAUACAUAGAUUUUUUUUAAUAUUUAAAACAAUAUUGUCUGAAAUACUUUUGAUUGUUGUUCUGUAUUAUAUAAAAUAUUGUCCAAAUGUUCAUGACAAUAUACAUUAAUAAUAAAUAUGGUAUAUUAUGCUUGAUAAAUACAAACUGAUUUAUAACGAUUGCUAUAAAAUUGACAGUAUUUUGACAGGAAAUAUAUUUGGAUCAUCCAAAGAGAUAUGGAGCAACAACUCCAAAAUAUAGAUCAAUCUUUAGAAAGAGACAAAGCCGUGUAGUCAGUGCCCAUCUUCUUAUAUCGGCCUGUAAUGAGAAUAACUCCAACAACCAGUAGCCGAAACAUAGCUUUGUCUCUCUCACACGUGUCGCUCUUAUUUGAUUCAAACGUUAUUACCAUCUCAAUAAAGUGUCGAAUACACUAGGGAAAAUUUUGUCCCGCAACAUGAUACUGCAACUUAGAAUAAUAUCCCACAGCUUUUUACAUGACGCAAAACAUGUUGCUUGCUUCCGCUCCGAGUGCGAGCGCUUGUGUCCCGCGUCAUUGUCCCGUUAAUUCUCACCGAGAGUAAACGUGUACGCAACGUGCUUCUAUGUUUCAUAAUUACGUACGUUUCAUCACUCCUGAAACAAUUAUGUACACAGCAUCUAAGCAAUCUCCUCGAGCGACAUUUUUUUUGAAUACUGACUAGUGUAGCAUACAGUCAUCUCGGUGACAUUCCACCUAGUUGCAGGUCCCAUAGCAUGUUGCUCUCAUUGUUCCCUAGUGUAACCGUGGCUUUAAAAUUUAUGAAAUCAUCUUACUAUUCCAAAUCGUAUAAUUUAGUUCAUUUCUAAAUGUUUCUUUCUAACAUACUUCAUUUUAUCGUUUCGAUUUUUUGUGUCUACUGAAGAGAUAAACA